GUUUCUUGAAUUCAAUUUGGAGUCUACAAAUUAUUUGUAAAUGUGUUCCGGACCCCCGACCAGCCGCUCAAGAACAAAUCGAACCGCGGCUGAAUCUAGUUGAUGAUCCUUGGACUAAACACUGUAAAUCUAGCUAUGAGAUUGAGGAACAGGCAGGCAGGCUCACAUGCAGAGGGCGCCCUGCAUAUUGAGAAGGAAAGAUGGGAAGAAAUGACACAAUUUCUGUCCUCCAGCCAGCGUUCCCACGAUUCCAUGAAUUCAGAAAGAAGGUCGUUCCUCCUGUCUGUCACCCAGCUGCGCAGCUCAGCGAAAUCGCGGUAGGUGCAAAGGCGACGGAGUUGGUCAUAACAGGAGGUUUAUGUUGAUUGAAAAAUUAUUUAUUACUUUUUACACAAGAAAGGCUACACGAUUCGAUUUUCACGGACUUCAACAUACUUUAUCGAUUCCAAGAAGCCAAUAAAAACAGGUUUUUGACAAUUUUACAGCCCUAGACCUUUUCCACUUUGCGCUUGGAACCGAGGCCAUAACACAGAUAAAGCCACUCACAAACUGCUGCUUAUCCCAAAUUGUUGAAGAGGUGUGUGGAGACCAACAUGUCUUCGAAGAUGCAGAGUUCCAAUAACACUGCCCAUGCCAGGAGGGCAGUCCAGCAGCUGAGAAUAGAGGCCAGUAUUGAGAGAAUUAAGGUGUCCAAGGCCUCAGCAGACCUGAUGCACUACUGUGGAGAACACGCUAAAUACGACCCUCUACUCAUGGGUAUCCCAGCCUCUGAAAACCCCUUCAAAGACAAGAAGCCAUGCACUAUAUUAUAGUAGCGGGACAGCUGAAUUCUCUUUGCUUUUUUAUUUGUAUUCUUUUAUAGAGAGAAAUAUGACGUUAAUACCGGUACACUAUUUGGCUUAAAGCCAGCCCAGCCCCACUCCCCAAGUUUCCUUGUACUUCAGGUUGAUUCCAAAAUGUUACCCUAGGGCUCAUAGGGCUCUGGUCAAAAGUGGUUUACUAUAUAGGGACUAGGGUGCCAUUUGGGACUGAUUCUUACUCUCCUUUAAACAUGUGCCAUUUUGGUAGGAUCAGAAUCAUUGGUCCACUCUCUUCAUCAGAUACAACUAAGACCAAAGAGCACCAUGAGGAAAAAUGCAACAAGUAAUUUGUGACCCAAAAACAAAGCUUUUAGUUUAGUUCAAUCAGUCAUGAAUAAAUAAGAGCUCAUUCUAAGACUCCUCAACAGAGACUGGUGUUCUUUCAGAUUGUUAUCUGAUGUUAUGCAGACUAAAGACCAGCUGGGUUUGAACUGGGGGUUCCCCACUUUGUAAUGUUUACACUGUAAAAUAUUUCCUUUAAAAUGUACAUCAACUUACUGGCAGCAAUUGGCCAGUAAGUUACUGGAAUUUAUUUUACAGUACAGCUACUGUAAUCCAUUUUACGGUAAUUCAUUUUACGGUACCAAAAAUGUUACUGUAAUCCAAUUUACAGUAUAUUACUAGAAUUACCCAUGCAGCGACAUAUUACCCAGUGUUCUUUGCAAGUUUUCAUUUUUAGAUUUACAUUUUGGUACCGGUAAUUUAGCAGGCACUCUUGGCCUAAGCAACUUAUCACAGUCAUAGCAAGUAAAACAUUUCUUUAACCGUUGCUGAAAAUGUUGUUAUAGUUAAGGAUGCAUUGGUCUUCAAAAUAAUUGUAAUUACAACAAGAUAUCUCAUGAUAUAUCAAAUCAAAUCUUUUUAUUUUUUUUCUGACUAUCUCUGGAUUGUGCCAAUACAAUACUGAGAUAUUUACGGUAAUUUGAUUCCUGAACAAUGAAACACAGAACAAUACAGUAAAAGUGACCUAUUAAACUGUAACAAAAAUAUUUAUACAGUAUCUUACUGUAAUUACAAGGGAUUAGAGCAAGCAGUAGACUGUGGGCAUUUGCAAAUUACAGCAUUUGAAUGAAUACUACGUGUUUUAUAUCACUUCUAGAGGCCUAAACAAAGGCUUCCAAACUGGCCAAACUGAUUACAGGGCAAAACAGAUCAAACGGACAUGGAUAAAUAGUCAACCAUUAAAAGGUUUAAGACCCACUACCAAUCUGAUCUGUUCCCUUUAUGCAUAACAUUUUUAGGGAACUACUACGCAAUGUCACUUAAAUUGGUACAGGACUCUCACUAACAGGUGCAACAAGUAUAGCCACUUAUAAGGCACGCCUUAAAAUAUGUUAAUGAGCCAACAAUUAAUAAUAUCAUAAUAAUAUGCCAUUUAGC